CCUGCCCACGUUGCCGGCCUCCGUGCAUGGGGCCCUGCCGCCGCCCGGGCCCGGGGCUCGCUGGGGCGGAGUCCGCCUCUCAGCCCCCCAAGCGCAGGAAGAAGCGAUACCUGCGGCACGACAAGCCCCCUUACACCUACUUGGCCAUGAUCGCUCUGGUGAUCCAGGCCGCGCCCUCCCGCAGGCUGAAGCUGGCCCAGAUCAUCCGUCAGGUCCAGGCCGUGUUCCCCUUCUUCAGGGACGACUACGACGGCUGGAAGGACUCCAUCCGCCACAACCUCUCCUCCAACCGCUGCUUCCGCAAGGUGCCCAAGGACCCCGCGAAGCCCCAGGCCAAGGGCAACUUCUGGGCGGUGGACGUGAGCCUGAUCCCGGCCGAGGCGCUGCGGCUGCAGAACACGGCCCUGUGCCGGCGCUGGCAGGGCCGGGGCGCGCGGGGGGCCUUCGCCAAGGACCUGGGCCCCUACGUGCUGCACGGCCAGCCCUACCGCCCGCCCAGCCCCCAGCCGCCGCCCCGCGAGGGCUUCAGCAUAAAGUCUUUGCUAGCGGACCCCGGGCAGGGCGCGACCAGGCCGCAGCCAGAGCCUCGGGGCUGCCCAGGUCCAGCAGGCUUGGCUCCGGGUUCCGAGCCGGCGCGGCCCAGCCCACCCCCGGAGAGGCCUCCGCGGGCCCCCAGAGCAGAGCAGGCUUCCCAGGCCAGAGCCAGCGGGCCCUCACCCCUCUCCCCGGCACCCAGGGCCUGGCCCCUCCGCUUAAUGCAGGGCACCCCGGUCCCCGGGGCACUGUCCAGUGGAGGACACAGGGCCUCCCUCUGGGGGCAGCUGCCCACCUCCUACUUGCCCAUCUACACUCCCAAUGUGGUCAUGCCCCUGGCCCCUCUACCACCCACCUCCUGCCCCCAGUGUCCACCCUCAAGCAGCCCAGCCUACUGGGGGGUAUCCCCUGAAACCCCUGCGCCCCCAGGGCUGCUCUGGGAUCUGGAUGCCCUCUUUCAGGGGGUGCCGCCCAACAAGAGCAUCUAUGACGUGUGGGUGACCCGCCCUCGGGACCCGGCUGCCCCUGGCCCCGGCUGGCUGCUGUCAUGGUGCGGCCUGUGAGGCUCGGGGCAGGGCCUGCCUCCCCGGGCCCCACACCGCCUGGGGAAGGGGAAGCCGAGCUCCCAGAGGUGGAGGCUGUGGCCGCAGCAAUCUCCAAAGCCCAGGCGCCCGCCACGCUGAGGUCAGGAGGGCGUUUACCGGGCCGCAGAGGGUGGCAGCCCACUCGGCGCCUCGCCCACCCGGGCGGCAGGGGCCAGACCCCACCUAGGGCAGCCCUGCCUCUGCCGGCUGUCCUCUCGGCCCGCGCCGCGCCUUCCAUCCAUCAGCAGCUGUCACUCCCUCCCUGGCCCUGGCCGGGACAGCCCCGGGC